UGAGCUGUGGCCUGUGCUCGGCUGUCGAUUGUUUAGCUGAUUAACGUUUUAUAUAUAUGCGUUUUCAUCACUUGGAACUCAUACUGGUUAUACAGGCGAAUCUGCUGGCGAUGUCUGAGUCUUAAACUGUUGAUUCUCUUUACUGGAUAGAGUUCCUGUAACCGGAUUGUAGGGGUAUUUAUUGAUCCGUCACCAUGACAACAGACGUGCGUCUGGUGACCUUGGAUGCAAUGCCGUCAACUGCCACCAACUCGUCCAACUGCAGCGCACCCUGCAUCCAGGGGGACGACGAGGAAGGGGAAAGCACAGAGGACGCCCCCGCACCCCUUGUCAACCACACCCUACCCCAUCACCCCGGUAAAGUUCACCGGAGGCUAUCCGCCCAACCGCAAGAUAUGAGGAUGAGAAGUCGUACAUCCUCCGGAGACUCCACCAGCUCUGUCUAUGGUUCAAGGACGUCUCCUCUGAUGAAUGUAGUCUUCCUGGAUGAUUAUAUCAAGGAGGAGCUCGGACGUGGCUUCUUUGCAACUGUUUAUAAGCUCCAGCACAGAGAAACGGGUCAGUUGAUGGCUGCCAAGAUCAACACAAACAAUAACAACUGGGAUAAUGUUCAUCAUGAAAUACAACUCAUUAGUCGCAUGGUACAUCCAAACAUCAACAGGUUCAUGGGGCUGUGCAUCCAUGAGGGCACUUUGCAUCCACUGCUAGAGUAUGUCAAUGGAGGAACGUUAACAGAUCUGCUCUGUGACAGCCAAGUCUAUCUCUCUUGGAUCGCUAGGAUAGGUUUAGCGUCGGACAUUGCAGGAGCCAUGGCCUACCUACACAAGAAAGCUAUUAUGCACAGGGAUCUAACAUCUUCAAACAUUCUCAUCAAAAGAAUUGGUUUGGAUAUCAAGGCCAUCAUCUGUGAUCUGGGACUCUCUUGCAGGUUUCCAAGGGAAUUGUCAAGUUUAAAGUCUCCAGUUGGAACCCCAUUCUGGAUGGCCCCCGAGUGCUUGCACUACAAACCAUAUGAUGAGAAGAUUGACGUCUUCUCAUUUGGUAUUGUACUUUGUGAGAUCAUAGCGAGAGUGACGGCAGACCCAGAGGAACUUCCGAGGUUGCAGAACUUUGGUCUUGAUGAAGUGGGCUUCCAGGCCAUCAGCUCAGAUUGUCCUGAACCUCUGCUAGAGCUUGCUUUCUUAUGUUGCAAAAUGGAUAAGAGGAUUAGGCCGGCGUUUGUAGAUAUUGAGUUUCAGCUGCAGCAUAUCAAGAUCAAACUUGGAAGGAAAGACAGAUUGAUGACAGGAAAGGGAGAUAAAAGCAAGAGGUCUCGGCGUCACACUGUUUAUCUCAACGUUCCUGAAGCACCUAAUGCUCCAACAGCUCAGCAACCACGGAAACAUCCUCUUGUGAGAAGCAACUCUGACAGAGGCGCCCGCGAUCGAAGACAUUCACGCCAAAUGAACCAAACAAAUCCCUUUGAUACGCCGUCAUUGAACGGUGGCAGGACAAAAUUUGUGAAUUCGGGCCGGGACCAGCUGAAGCAGUUAUCUCCGGACGUGUCGCUGGACAUAGGUCAAGUGUUGUCCACCCUGUUUGGGAGGAUGGACAUAACGAAUAUCUUUGAACAGCCAAUAAAGAGAAGACUUUCCGUUUCCUUGCCUUCAUCACCGGAGCUCCAUCGGCGGGAGAUGUCGAUAGAGGACGAUGACUUCUUCGACGACCUCAUGAGCUGGCCAAGCUCUUCGGACACUUUUGAACUCAGUACGAGUAGAACACCUCCCCCUCCAGAUGACAUGUCACCCCUGUGUGGAGUGGGAGAGUCGGCCGAGUCUGCAUCGUGUAGCAGUGCACAGGGUGAUACCAUUUUGAAUAGUAGCACAGAUGGAGGGGAGUUUCAUGAAAGCAAUAGAAAGGGACCAAACGUCAAUAACAACAUCAGGUAGGACUCGAGGAAUAGAUGUCUUCUAACCAGAGGAAACUAUGGCCUGGAUGAGCCAACCAAGAGACGGAUGGAUAGUGGAUUUAUAGAUCCACGAUGAUAACCCUGUAUCUAGGCUGAAAUUACUAACAAAAUUUGCCAAAUGUUAAAAAAAGCAAUUAACCAUGUUACGUUCGUAUCUAAGGGAUAAGUCUUUGGAGUUUCAAGGGUUAUACAUGUACUUUAUGUGUGUGUAUCUUCUAUGCAGACAGGCAUAGGUUAAGUCUUUACCACUGACAUGAAUAUAUGCAGAUCUUUGUAUAGAGACAGACAUUAGUCAUUAAGUAUUUGACUAAUUAUCUAGUCUCUUAUGGUAUAACCUCGUGUAUUAGAACAUUAAUCAUGAGGGUUCUCAUCUGAAAUUUUCAAGUAAAUUUUCAUGCAUCAAACUGAAGAGCCGCUGCAUAUGAUUUGGUGCAUUCUGCUUAUUCAGUAUAUUUGAGUCUGGCAUUAGAGUCAACUGAUAAUGGCUGUAAAAAUAUCUGCACUAGAUAGCCAGUAUUAUGAACUCUGGCUGAAUUCAAACUCUUGAUCAUUUUAUUGCUACAAUCACCAAAAACAAAUCUGACUCAUAAAGCCAAUGCCAAAUAACGUUCAAAGUAUGUAUCUGCCUGUGUGCAGUGUGUAUGAGUGCGUAUGUAAACUGCAUGCAGGCCAGACUCCAUUCAUGUAGGUGGCUGAUUGCCGUAGGUGGCUGAGUACUGUAAAGCAAAAUACUUCAGCGAAAAAAUUGACAAAGACAGUUACGUAUACCUCCCUGAGGGAUGUUUUAUAAAGCUGUUCGUAAGUUCUGAGUGACUUUACGAAAGACUGGUGAUCCUUUCUCUGAGGUAAGUUGUGUGCACCAAAUUUUCAUUGGUGUGGAUGUAGUUCCUAAGAAAGGUUCCUCGGUCAUUCGUUAAGUCACUCAUAACUUACAAACAGCUUAAUGAAACACUUAACAGGUAUAUUUUAUUUUGUGAUUGAAUGGGUACGAAAGCAUUUGCAGUUGCAGUUGACAGCAUGAGGGUCCUGUUCACAAGGACUUGAAAUAAUAACAAAUGCAAAAUUUCAAUGACAAGUGUACUAACUGCCAAUCAAACUGAAAGAUUUCAGUAGCUUUUAACUGUUCUUGCAAAGUUGGUAUUAUAACAAGUUUUGUGAAAUGGGCUCCUGUUGAAGAUUGCAAGACGUGAACAAGCAGAUGGUAUCUUUAGACGGAAGUACAAGCGCCUUCUAGAGAGCAGUGCUCGCCAAGUUAGAUUG